AUGAUGUGGUUCCCACCAGCUGCCCUCUCCCUGAUCCUGCUGCUGCUGGGCCAGGCCCCUCCAAGCAGGCUGCAGUCACUGCGCACCAUUAAGCUACGGCUUGUGGGCCCAGAGAGCAAGCCAGAGGAGGGCCGCCUGGAGGUGCUGUACCAGGGCCAGUGGGGCACCGUGUGUGAUGACAACUUCGCCCUCCAGGAGGCUAUGGUGGCCUGCCGCCAGCUAGGCUUUGAGACUGCCUUGACCUGGGCCCAUAGUGCCAAGUAUGGCCAAGGGGAGGGCCCCAUCUGGCUGGACAAUGUGCGCUGUGUGGGCACAGAGAGCUCCCUGGACCAGUGCGGGUCUAAUGGCUGGGGCGUCAGUGACUGCAGCCACUCGGAAGACAUCGGGGUGGUAUGCCAGCCCCAGCGCCAGCAUGGCUCUCUUUCUCAGAGGGUCUCCAAUGCACUCGGGCCCCAGGUCCGGCGGUUGGAGGAGGUGCGGCUGAAGCCCAUCCUUGCCAGUGCCAAGCGGCAGAUCCCAGUGACCGAGGGGGCCGUGGAGGUGAAGUACGAGGGACACUGGCGGCAGGUGUGUGACCAGGGCUGGACCAUGAACAACAGCAGAGUGGUGUGUGGGAUGCUGGGCUUCCCCAACCAACAGCCUGUCAACAGCGACUACUACAGGAAGGUCUGGAAUUCAAAGAUGAAGGAUCCCAAGUCUAGGCUGAAGAGCCUGACUAAGAAGAAUUCCUUCUGGAUCCACCGUGUCAUCUGCUUGGGGACAGAGUCCCACAUGGCCAGCUGCCAGGUGCAGGUGUCUCCUGCCCGGGGCAAGCUGCAGCCAGCCUGUCCCGAGGGUAUGCACGCUGUGGUCAACUGCGUGGCAGGGCCCCGCUUCCGCCCACCCAAGGCAAAGCCACGACAAAAGGAUCCCUGGGCAGAGCAGGAGCCAAAGGUGCGCCUCCGCUCCGGGGCCCAGGUGGGUGAGGGCCGGGUGGAAGUGCUCAUGCACCGUCAGUGGGGCACUGUCUGUGACCACAAGUGGGACCUUGUUUCCGCCAGCAUCGUGUGCCGUCAGCUCGGCUUUGGCUCUGCUCGGGAGGCCCUCUCUGGGGCCCAGCUGGGCCAAGGUCUGGGACCCAUCCACUUGAGUGAGGUGCGCUGCAGAGGGUAUGAGCGGACCCUCAGUGACUGCCGUGCCCUGGAAGGGUCCCAGAAUGGUUGUCAACACGAGAAUGAUGCUGCCGUCAGGUGCAACAUCCCGAACAUGGGCUUCCAGAAUCAGGUGCGCUUAGCUGGCGGGCGCAAUCCCAAGGAGGGUGUCGUGGAGGUGCAGGUGGAAGUGAAUGGGAUCCAACGCUGGGGGGCUGUGUGCAGUGACCACUGGGGACUCACCGAAGCCAUGGUGGCCUGCCAACAGCUCGGCCUGGGUUUUGCCAGCCACGCCAUCAAGGACACUUGGUACUGGCAGGGGACGCCGGGGGCUGGAGAUGUGGUGCUGAGUGGGGUGCACUGCUCUGGUACGGAGCUGGCCCUGCAGCAGUGUCAGAGGCACGGGCCAGUGCACUGCUCCCACGGCGCGGGGCGCUUCUCCGCCGGAGUCUCCUGCAUAGACAGUGCUCCAGACCUAGUGAUGAACGCCCAACUCGUGCAGGAGACGGCCUACUUGGAGGACCGCCCGCUCAGCCUGCUAUACUGUGCCCACGAGGAGAACUGCCUCUCCAAGUCUGCAGACCUGAUGGACUGGCCCUAUGGAUACCGGCGCCUGCUACGCUUCUCCUCACAGAUCUUCAACCUGGGCCGGGCCGACUUCCGCCCCAAGACAGGACGCCACAGCUGGAUUUGGCACCAGUGUCACAUGCACUACCACAGCAUUGAGGUCUUCACCCACUACGACCUACUCACUCUCAAUGGCUCUAAGGUGGCUGAGGGCCACAAGGCCAGCUUCUGUCUAGAGGACACAAAUUGCCCCACAGGACUGCAGCGGCGCUAUGCGUGUGCCAACUUUGGGGAACAGGGAGUGACUGUAGGUUGCUGGGAUACCUACCGGCAUGACAUUGACUGCCAAUGGGUGGAUAUCACAGAUGUGGGCCCUGGGGACUAUAUCUUCCAGGUGAUUCUGAACCCCAAGAAUGAGGUGGCAGAGUCAGAUUUCUCCAACAACAUGAUGCAGUGCCGCUGCAAGUAUGAUGGGCACCGGAUCUGGCUGCACAACUGCCACACAGGGGAUUCAUACCGAGCCAAUGCCGAGCUCUCCCUGGAGCAGGAGCAGCGUCUCAGGAACAACCUCAUCUGAAGCCAUCACCACACUCCCAGCUGCUGCCCACACACCAGAUACCUCAGCUUACUGGAGCCAUGCCCUUCACAGAGCCCUAACUCUGUGGGCCAGUGCCAAAGGGCACCAAGAACCUGCUCAGGAAGCCUUUUGAAGGCGUUACCACCAAACCAGAUGUUACUGCUCCCUCAGGAUGGCACUGGGCCUAUCCCCUAAGGGCCUUUGGCCUAUGGCUUCCAGACUUUGUUCACUGAGCUCCUCUUCCCUAAGGAGACCUAAUCUUUCCUGGAUUUUGCCCCAGAGUUCCCUGCUUCAGGAGCUCUCAGUUCCUUAGGGAUGGACUAUGGCCCAGGCCCCCAUCUAAAUGGUUCUUUGCAAAUGUCCUAGAGGAGAAGACAACAAAGGACCAAAAUAUACAGAGGAGGUGGGGGCCACAAGUCCGCUAAAAGCUCAGCAACACAGCUUGUGCCAAAGUCACAUCUGGCAGAGAAGUUGGUAAAUUCAGUCUCUUGCUUUAUCUGUCCUCAUUUAGAACUUAUCCCUCAUACUCUUAAGAGUCUGUUCUUCAGGGUUUUUUUCUUUUACCCUAUUGCACAUGUAGAUGUUCCUAAUAACCCUGGAACCUAAGGCCUCAGGCAUCCCCUUAUCUCCUGAUGGGCCUACACCAUUGGUUACUGAGUGCCUGAGAAGGGACAAGGUUCACAGAGGUGGCCAAGUAGGCCUUCCUGCAGAGCAGCAAGAGAAGACCAAGGAGAAAGACUGCUGGGGUAAUAUGGACCCUAGUUCCUGCCAGGUCUCUGCCAAGGAAAAAAUAUGUGAUGUAGACCUGGCAGACAGUCCAGUCUCUCUCAGGAUCACCAUGCAUCUCAGGAUUGGCCUAAAUUUCAGGUCUCAACCAGGUUUCUGGAGUGAAUUUGCAUUAAAUAACUUUUUGCAAUGGAAAGAACAUCAGUCAAACAAGCCCUCAUCUCUGUAGGAACAGAAAGACAGGUCCUGUCAAAUGUGGAACAGGACACUAUGAAGAAGCCAGAGGGGGAAGAUUUAAUUAAGGACUGAACCUAAGAAAGGCCACUAUCCUUGCUUGAUGUGGGCGUGAUAUGCUCUUGCUCAGGUAGUAUAAAAUCCCAUGGUUUUCUUGGAAAUGAUUCUUAAUCUUUUCUCCCGAGACACAUUUAAGGAUGAGCCUUACAGGUCUGACCCUUGAAUGUUAAUAAAGAUUGUCCAUCAUGGGCUGCUACAAACACAAGACCAGCUGUGAUUAUGCACAGUUCCCAGCACACUAACUCUACCCUUUCCACGUGCCCCCCCACCCCCACCAUGAACUGGUGACUAGAAUGCACACGGCAUAAAUACUACUCGUAAUGGUGUGAGGAUACUCAUCUACUACCAAUUACCAUGUCCAGGCUCAAUGCUGAAACAUGGGCUGGAAAGGUUAAGGAAUGGAAAGUAAGAGCAAAAAGGUAAACUUUGGUUACUGAGGCUGCAAAGCCAAAAUGACUGGUAGCAGAUUUACAACAGCACACCCAUAAACACACACACACACAGAAUUACUACCCCCCUCUUCAGGGGGACAUGCUC